ACACAAGAGUUACCGGUUAGUUUUCAAGCAGACGAUAUUUCCCUUGCUGUCGCAAUUAUUAAUUGCAAUAUGCCGAAUAACUUAAGAUCGCUAAUGACAUCAACAAAUCAAUUAGGGAAUUUUUUGAAACAGGUUGCGUUCUAUCAUAUGCUUCCCUUUUUAACGAAAUUACUUACGACAGUGCUGUAAUAGAGGCCCUUUGACCUUAACGAACUUCACUCAAAUGCGUUUUCGUUACGUUGACUGGUUGAUGUUGAGAGAUGUAAAACGGCGAAAAUUAACAGCUGAAUAUGCCCAAGAAAGGAUGAGAUACAAAGCGCUUAUAAAUAAUAACAUACUUCCUGAAGAUUUAAGAGAAAGUGCAGAUAUGGAUAUGCGAAAAUUACCCAGAGACUCUUUAAGGUGGCGAAUUGUAGAUAGAUGUGUCAUAACUUCAAGAGCUCGAGGGAAUGUUCCAAGGUGGAGAAUGAGCAGAUUUAUCUUUAGGCAUAAUGCAGACUAUAAUAAACUAUCAGGUGUAACAAAGGCUAAAUGGUGA